UACACCCCAGUAAGCGUUUGAACGUGCUGAUGCAUCGCUGCAGUAUUCUGAUCCCAAAGAGAAAACUUAUGACGCAACCAGCAUUGCAAUGUCUGCUUUGAAAUUCUCAGUCGUCCUAACGCUCAUGCUCAUAGUGACUGUGAACUGCCGAUCAACUGGUAAAGCUGUCUCAAGGCCAUUAAAUCCUUUGUGGAAGGGAACAGGACAGACGGGAACAAUGGGGCGGCUACCCAGUUUUAUGAAGCCCCAAGGGCCAGUGAGGAGAGGCCAGAUUCCUCAGACAUCGAAAACCAGGCGGCCAGUCAAGGGACAAAGGAACAGGGAUAUAUCAAUUCUUGACACGGAUCCUAUCGACCCAGAUUGUGUAAAUCGACCUUGUUCUGGACCAGGUGACCCUAGAUGUCAUCCAGAAUGCACCUGCCAAAGCUUCGGAAAUGAGUAUAGGUGCUACAAUGCAUAGAACGCGUCAUACGGCCGUCGGUGCGAGAAAGUUGGGUGAAUAAACA